AUGGCCUUGUCACCAAAGGACAAAAAGGCUGUUCGGGCCCUAGUUUCUGCACUAGAAAAAAUGGAUGAUUUCAAGGACACAAAAGAAGAGGCAGAAAAGUAUGCAGAGGCCGUUGUUCUCGCAGUGAAGCGUCAAGCGAGCGACGCGGAGGAAUUCAAAGAUCAGAUCAUGGGCAUCAUAGCAAACGUCAAUAACCUCAACAGCCAGAUCGUGGAGCAGAAAAUAUCACCCGAGGCGCUUGCCUCAAUGGAAAUCGACGAAAUGCUCUCGAAAAAACAAAUAGAGGAGAACCUCAAGGCCUCUCGCAAGCGCGCGCGGGAGCAAACUCUCUAUGAUAUAACUUCCAUGCAAUGUGAGAAAUGUGGUCUUGUGCGGCGAGAUCGGCUAAACAUUAAUGAGUUAGGCCUCGACUCGGAAAUAAAUGGGUCGCAAUUUGACUAUAACUUCGAUAACCUGUGCGACUGCUCCCAGGAUAGCCAGGUGCCGGAAGACGCAGAGAAGGGGGAGGAGGAGGACGCGGAAUCGUAG